AUAUAAAAAGUAGGCUGCAUCUCCACGGGUUCAGUCUUAGAGCACCAGCUGGUGAGCAAUGCACGGAGCAGACUUGUAACCAACUUACAUCAUCUUCAACAUGAAGAUAACCACAGUGCCAAUGCUUCUGACCCUGGCUCUUUGCCUUAUACAAGAUGCUGCCAGUGAGGGUGAAAAUCAGGAAACAUGCAAUGAAUAUCGGGCAUUGAUGAAAAAUGGAAAAUUAUUUUGUUCCCAAGAUAAAAAACUUUUUCAAAGCCCAGAUGGAAUAGCAUUCAUCAGCAGGUGUGCCACAUGCAAAAUGAUACUGGAAAAACAAGCAAAAUCCCAGAAGAGGGCUAGGCAUUUAACAAGAACCACUCAGGCCGCUGCCCCAGAAACGUUGAAUUGCAAUGAUUUCAGAAAAGGAGAAAGAAAUGGGGGUUUUAUCUGUACUCUGGAUUAUGCAGCUGUUUGUGGCACUGAUGGGAAAACAUACAGCAACAAAUGUAUGCUGUGUGCUGAGAACGCCAAAACCAGGUCCCAAGUUGGCAUAAAAAGUGAAGGGGAAUGUGAGACCAGUAAUCCAGAGCAGGAUGUAUGUAGUGCUUUUCGGCCUUAUGUGAAAGAUGGAAGACUUGGAUGCACAAGGGAAAAUGAUCCCGUCCUUGGACCUGAUGGAAAAACACAUGGCAAUAAAUGUGCGAUGUGUGCUGAGCUUUUCUUAAAAGAAGCUCAAGAAAAUGCCAAGAAAGAAGGUGAAACCAGAGUUCAACGAAGUGCUGAAGAGGAUUUUUGUAAGGAAUUUGAAACCCAAGUGAAGAAUGGAAGACUUUAUUGUACACGGGAGAGUGACCCAGUUCGUGGCCCUGAUGGCAGGAUGCAUGGCAACAAAUGUGCCCUGUGUGCUGAAAUGUUGAAACGGCGUUUUUCAGACGAAAAAAAUAAAGCACAUGAAAACCUAAGGAAGGCUAAAGAAAAAGUUAAAGUUAAAAGAGAAAUUGAGAAACUCUGCAGUGAAUAUCAGCAUCAUGCAAAGGAUGGAAUACUUUUCUGUACCAGAGAAAAUGACCCUAUUCGUGGUCCAGAUGGGAAAAUGCAUGGAAACCUGUGUUCCAUGUGUCAAGCCUUCUACCAAGCAGAAGCUAAAGAAAAGGAAAAGGCUGAAGAUGAAGCACGAAGUAAAAGAGAAUCUGGAAAAGCACCUUCAUAUGCAGAGCUGUGCAGUGAAUACCGUAAGCUUGUGAGGAAUGGAAGACUCCCCUGCACCAGAGAGAACGACCCCAUCCAGGGCCCGGAUGGGAAAAUGCAUGGCAACACCUGCUCCAUGUGUGAGGUGUUCUUUCAAGCAGAAGAAGAAAAGAAAAAGAAGGAAAGUGAGUCAAGAAAUAAGAGACAAUCUAAGAACACAACUUCCUUUGAGGAAUUGUGCAGCGAAUACCGCAAAUUAAGGAAGAAUGGACAGCUUCUCUGCACCAGAGAGAACGACCCCAUCAAGGGCCCAGAUGGGAAAGUGCAUGGCAACACCUGUUCCAUGUGUGAGGCCUUCUUUCAGCAAGAAGAAAGAACAAGAACAAAGACUAAAAGAGAAGCUACAAAGGAGCUCUGCAGUGAAUUUCAGAACCAGGUGAGGAAUGGGACGCUUAUAUGCACCAAGGAGAAUGACCCUGUCCGUGGCCCAGAUGGCAAAAUGCAUGGAAACAAGUGCUCCAUGUGUGCAAGUCUAUUCAAACUUGAAGAAGAAGAGAAGAAAAAUAAUAGCAAGGAAGGAAAGGAGAAAGUAGGAGCUGAGAAAGUGAAGAGAGAAGCAGUCCAGGAGCUGUGCAGUGAAUACCGUAACUAUGUGAGAAAUGGACGACUUCCCUGCACCAGAGAGAACGACCCCAUUGAGGGCCCAGAUGGAAAAAUGCAUGGCAAUACAUGCUCCAUGUGUGAGGCCUUUUUCCAGCAAGAAGCAAAAGAAAAAGAAGAAGCUGAAUCCAAAGCAAAAGCUAAGAGAGAAGCUGAAAAGGAUACAUGCAGUGAAUUUCGGAGCCUUUUGCAAAAUGGAAAUCUUUUCUGCACACGAGAAAACGAUCCCGUGCGUGGCCCAGAUGGCAAGACCCACGGCAACAAGUGUGCCAUGUGUAAAGCUGUCUUCCAGAAAGAAGAUGAAGAAAGAAAGAGAAAAGAAGAGGAAGAUCAGAGAAACGCUGCGGGACAUAGUUCCCAUGGUGGUGGUGGCGGAGGAGGGAAGGCGCAGGACCAAUGUGCAGAGUUUCGGGGAAAGAUGCAAAACGGAAAACUCACCUGUACUCGGGAGCGUGAUCCUGUACGUGACGCUGAUGGCAAGGCAUACAACAAUAAAUGUACCAUGUGCAAGGAGAUACUAGAAAGAGAAGCAGAGGAAAAUAAGCACUCUGACUAUAGAUCAAAUGAGACUCAAUCAGCAUCAAAAAAGGAUACGUGUGAUGAGUUUAGAAGCCAAAUGAAAAAUGGACAACUUAUCUGCACCCGAGAAAGUGACCCUGUUCGGGGUCCAGAUGGCAAAACACACGGCAAUAAAUGUGCCAUGUGUAAGGACAAACUGGAAAGGGAAGCAGCUGAAAAAAAAAAGAAAGAGGAGGACAACAUGAGAAACACAGGGGAAAAGAGCAAUGAAAACCAGGAUCGAUGCCAUGAAUUCCGGAACAUGGUGAGAGAGGGAAAGCUUAUCUGCACAAGAGAAAAUAACCCUGUUCGAGGCCCCGAUGGCAAGAUGCACGUCAACAAGUGUGCUAUGUGUCAGAGCAUAUUUGAGCGAGAAGCUAAUGAAAGAAAAAUGAACGAUGAAGAAAACUCAAACACCAAGCCCUCAAAUGACGCAAAGGAUGAGUGCAGUAACUUUCGGGAGUACGUGAGGAAUGAUGAGCUCAUGUGCACGCGAGAGAAUGACCCCGUGCGAGGUGCUGAUGGAAAGUUAUACAAAAACAAGUGCUACAUGUGCAGAACUAUCAUUCAAAAAGAAGCUUUGGAAAGGGCAAGAAUUCGAGAAAAGUCAUCCCACAUUAGAUCUUCUGCAGAGAAAAACAGCCCAGCUUCCUCCAGUUCUUCUCUGGAUUCUGAGAUGUGCAAACACUACCGAGUAUUACCCAAGAUGGGUUACCUUUGCCCAAAGAAUUUACAUCCUGUCUGUGGUGAUGAUGGCCAGACGUACAACAAUCCCUGCAUGCUCUGUCAUGAAAACCUAAUACGCCAGACUAACACACACAUACGCAGUGAAGGGAAGUGUGAAGAGAACAGCACCCCAGAAACAACACCUCUUGAUGUGCCAGCAUCUGACAAAUGAUGGAAGAAUUGGUGAAAGCCAUGAGGGAAAAUAUAUGCCCUAAUUCUGAAUCGCCUCUCACCAUCUGUAUAUACAAAGAAUUCUUCAGAGCUUAUUAUUUACUAUAGAAAAUGAUACAGUGCUGUUGGGGGAAUGGACUCACUGACUUUCAGUCUUUCCCAUCUCUUUCCUCCUAGAAUCUGUGAUCCAAGGGCACAGAGAUAUCUCCAUCUGUCUGUGCUUGAAAAUCUCCUGAUCGCAAUGCUGUCUGUUCAACUACUUGUUCAAUAAAAGUAAACCCAGCAGAACACUAUUUCUGGGAUUUCUUCAUCACUGCCUGGAUUUACAGGCUUUACAGAAGCUGAAAACUACCCUUUUGUCUUGCUAAGCUAUUGGUGGACACAAAAUGCUCACUUUUUUUUCAGUUUCAAGUUGCUGUCCUAGUUAGAGGAAAUGUCUAGAAGAGAGGUAGGGAGGUAUGGGAUCCAGGCAUUCAAGAGCUGUAUAAAGCCAAACCAGUUAUGAAUCACCUUCCGUAUCUGUCACUUUACCAGCUCUCCUAUGUAACUUCCGUAUUUCCAUGCAGAGUGUAACUACCUCUGUGACACAGAUACCAUCCAAAGACACAAACCAGUAGUUUCUCAUAUUCAGUCGUGUUGCCUAUUGACCAUUUCCUAUAUCACAGUCUGGGAGAAGACUAAGCAGAUGAGAAUUACCAGUGUGUUGCAAGUCUCUAGAGCAGCACAAUCCAAUAGAAAAAGAAUUCAAGUCACAUGUAAUCUCAGAUUUUCUAAUAGUAAAGAAAUGGGUAAAAUCAACUUUAAUAAUGUAUUUUAUUUAGAACCCAGUAUGUCAAAACUCUUUAUCAUUUCAAAAUAUAGUCAAUAUACACUUUCAUUUUAGCAGGUCAUUGAUAUUUUAUAUUCACAGCAUACCUGUUUGGACCAACCACAUUUCAAGUGCUACGUGUAGCUAGAGGCCACGAAAUGAGACAGUGAGCUAAUGCACUUGAGAAAUUAACCAGGGAAUACAAGUGCGAGGUAGGGGUGGGAUGGAACAGCUUGUAAGCUCCUGCCUCAGCGCUGAAACUCUGUCACGUUCAGCAUCUUGAUACUGACGUCCUGUGACAGCACCUAGAUGGGAUAAACACAUCCUAGAGGGAAAAAGCUAUGGAGAAUCCAUCGUGGUUGAAGUUGUUCUCAGCUGAAGAACUGUACCCAGAAUGGUAGGUCUACUUGGAUUUGGGGAGUUAACUUUGGUUUUUUUUCCUCUGCCCUUUUCUCUUAGAUAAGUUGUUGCUAGGGCAAUUACAGUUAGGAUUUUGUAAUCAUUGUCCUUUGUAACUGCGUGAAAAAUCAAUUCUAUGCUGUUUUUCCCCUUAUGUUAUCAUUAAGGUAACAGAAAAAAAAAAAAAAAGAAGGUUAUAAAUCCUUUUUUUUUUUCAAGCAUGAAAAUAUUGUCAUUUCUGGAAAGAAAAAAAAGUGAGAAAACAAUGUUGCUAUUUUCUUUGGCAAUUCCAGGAUAUAAGGGAUGGGUUAGAGAUUCUUUAACAUGAGAUUGUAUCUCCUAAGUGGGUAGUUCUCGGAAAUCCAGAAACUCUAUUUUCAUGGCCAAGACAUAUUGUUUUUUGAGAAGUAGUUGCUUUUUUAUGUCACUUUGAACAUUUGAAAUAUAAACAAUAAACCAUUUACAAAUA